AUGGCAUCGCCCAAAUGGUUAUUAUUCUCCUACAAGAACUUGUUCAAGAUAACCUUUCCAUGCGUAACUCCUCCCAGGCCCAAAUCAUUACCGGCAUCGGCACCUCUCAUUGGGCCUCCACGCCCACCAAAAUACGAUAACGGGCUGAAAGACGUUUUCGAUCACUUGGACGUUGACAAAGAUGGGAAGAUCUCGAGCAGCGAACUAAUGGAUUACUUUGCGUCGGUUGGCGAGUCCCUGAGUCAUAAAGUGGCAGAGAGAGUGAUAAACGAGUUUGACUCGGACGGUGACGAGUUACUCGAUUUCGGGGACUUUGAGAAACUGAUGAAGCAAGAGGAGAGUGAGGAGUUGGAGGAUGUUCUACGAAGCGCGUUCGAGAUGUUCGAGGUUGAGAAAGGGUGCGGGUGCAUAACGCCCACGGGGUUGCAACAAAUGUUGCGGCAGCUGGGAGAUGUGAAAUCGCAUGAUGAGUGUGCCGCCAUGAUUCGACCCUUCGAUCUUGACGGUAAUGGCUUCCUUGAUUUUCACGAAUUUCAGCAGAUGAUGUCCCCUGCUUGA